GCUGAUGGAUGGGCUGAGGAUGAAGGACACUCAAAGGGAGGCUCAGAGAGGGAAGUAUGUGCCCUGGCUCUCCCUCACCUGGAAGGGGCAUUUCUGGUACGAUUUGCUGCUCUGAUCUGUAAACAAGAGUCAGGCUCUUGAGAAGAGGCAGUUCCCCUUCCUGUGGGGCUGCUGAUGUAACGGUUUUGUGACAAGAACGACCAGCCUCUGAGUUGCCACAGCCUGUGCAUCCGUCUGUCUUGCUGGACACAGUUGUCUCCUCCACCAGCAUAGCCAGGGCCAGAGGGAGUGCAUGACAUGACCCCCACCCUCACGGCUCUACUCUACCUCGGACUGCGUGUGGGCCUGGGAACCCCAGAGGAGGCAGGGACCCUCCCCAAACCCACCAUCUGGGCUGAGCCAGGUUCUGUGAUCCCCCGGGGCACGCCCAUGUCCGUCUGGUGUCAGGGGAUCCCGGGGGCCCAGGAGUACCGUCUGGAAAAAGCAGGAAGCCCAGAGUUCUGGGGCAAACAGAGCCCACUGCUAUCAGGGGACAAGGCCAAGUUCUCCAUUUUACACAUGACAGAGACAUAUGCAGGGAGAUAUCAGUGUUACUAUCUCAGCCCCACUGGCUGGUCAGAGCGCAGUGACCCCCUGGAGCUGGUGGUGACAGGAGUCUAUGAAAAUCCCACCCUCUCAGCCCUGCAGAGCCCUGUGGUGACCUCAGGAGGGAACGUCACCCUCCAGUGUGUCUCACGGCUGGGAUUUGGCAGGUUCGUUCUGACCAAGGAAGGAGAACACAAGCCCUCCUGCACUCUGGACUCACAGCGACAUCCCAAUGGGCAUUUCCAGGCCCUGUUCAGUGUGGGGCCCAUGACCCCCAGUCACAAGUGGAUUUUCAGAUGCUAUGGCUAUUACAGGAACUCCCCCGAGUGGUGGUCACACCCCAGUGACCCUGUGGAGCUCCUGGUCUCAGGUCUUGAAAGCUACCAGAAAGUUCUGAUUGGGGUGUCAGUAGCCUGUGUAUUGCUGCUUUCUCUCCUCCUCUUCCUCCUUGUCCGACAAUUGCGCCAGAACAAAUGCAGCAAGUCAGGUACUCCAGAUCCUGGAGCUAAGACCAGAGCCUCACAGAAAAGCUCCAGCUCCAGGGCUCAUGUCCAGCAGAAGAACCAGUGUAACUGGGGAGGAGAUACUGCCGUGAGAGAUUGCCAGCCUGAGGAGGACAAAGAGGUGGACAGUGUGCAUAGCCCUGACAAUGAAGACCCCCAGGGAGUGAUACAUGCCCAAGUGAACCAUUCGAGUCUCAGGAGGCCUGUGGACACCCUGCCUUCCCCCUCGUCAGAGAGAUUGCUGGACACGAAGGACAGACAAGAGGAAGGGGACAGUCAGGCUGCUGCAUCAGAAGACUCCCAGGAUGUGACCUACGCCCAGCUGAACAGUUUGAAUCUUGGACAGGAGUCAACCACACCUCCUUCCUCCCAAUCAGAGUGUCCCCCAGCAGAGCCCAGUGUGUACGCAGCUCUGGCCGUCCACUAGCCCCAGGAAGGACCCAGACACCAUCCUCCAAGGAGGGAGACUGCGGGGCCCCCAAAAGGCAGUGAGGCUGCCCCCAUGGACACUAAGCUAAUGAACUGGAGCCUGGGGACCUUUUGUAAGCAAGAAGGAGAUCCUUGGACUUUAGAAGUCACCAAAUUCUGUAGAUGAAUAUAAAUAUUAGCUCUCUAUUUUUAGAAAUAAAGCAAUAUACUUCUAAAUAACCAAUGACUGAGAGAAGACAAGCACAAAUGAAGAUAUAACUUUUUCUUUUGCUUAAAUGAUAAUGUAAAUCCUAUACAUCAACACAUACUUGUACUUAAAGGGUAAUGCAAGUGUUGCAUAUCAAGAUCUAAUGAGAAAAUUAAAUGCCUCUAUGAAAUUAUUAGAAAGAGAAGAAAGCCUGAACAUGAGCAACCUAGGUGAACAUUUGAAGUGAUUAGAAAAAAAGAGCAGCAAAUUCAUCCCAAGACAGUGGAUGAAAGAAUAUAAUAAAAAGAACAAAUAUUUAUGAGGAAAGAAUAAAAAGAGAGAAAUCA